AUGGAGGCCAACAACUUCACUGCUGUCUCAGAAUUUGUCUUAGCAGGACUGACUAAUCAUCGUAAAACCCAGAUUUUGCUUUUUGUGGUCAUCCUCAUCAUCUAUCUAUUUACUCUUUUGGGAAACGUUGUGAUCAUCGUGCUCGUGCAAGCUGACUCCAGGCUUCACACACCGAUGUACUUCUUCUUGACUCACCUCUCAGGUCUGGAGAUUUGUUAUGUCUCUAGCACCGUGCCCCAGAUGUUGGUUCAUCUCUUGUCUGGAAAUGGAACCAUUUCCUUCAUACGCUGCACAUCUCAGAUGUACAUUGCUUUCGCUUUGAGCAUGGGCAGUACCGAAUGUUUGCUGUUGGGUGUCAUGGCUUAUGAUCGCUACCUGGCCAUCUGCAAGCCCUUGAGAUAUGCCUCUGCCAUGGACAGGAAGCACCAACACCUCCUUGCCACCUCCUGCUGGAUCAUGGGUUGCCUCUUCUCAAUGGUCAACAUUGUUUGCAUCUUUCAUCAUCCCUUCUGUGGUUCUAAUUCCAUUAACCAUUUCACAUGUGAACUGCAGUUUGUCCUGAAACUGGCAUGUGGUGAUAUCAAACGCACCAAAGCCAUCCUGAAUGGUCUAUCAACAUUUAUUGUUCUAGUUCCCUUUUCUAUUAUCUUAUGUUCCUAUAGUUGCAUCCUGUAUUCCAUUUGUCAAAUGCAGUCAGUUGCGGGAUGGCAGAAAAUUUUCUCCACCUGUGGUUCCCACCUUGUUGUGGUCACCUUGUUCUAUGGUACCAUCAUCUCUAUCUACAUUAUUCCCCAGUCGAUCUCAGAUCCUGAUCGGGAGAAAAAAAUUGCAGUCUUGUACAUUGCGGUGACCCCUCUGCUUAACCCCAUCAUUUAUACCUUGCGGAACAAGGAUGUCCACACGGCUAUGGGCAAGGUGUUGAAAAGAAGCAGCUUUGGGGCAAAGCCAUCUUGCUGA